AUGGGUAGCGGUCAGGGGGGGGUUCAAUGCGGUGGAGCGAGGUCGGGAGCGGUUAAGAACGGUCUAGUGCUGUGGGGAACGGGGUGGCCUGUCAAGGAGCAUGGGCAGCAGUGCGUAGCGAAGGUGUGUGCAGCUGCUGUUGCUGCACGCGCUCGGCCGCUAGCACGGGGGGCAGCAGCUAAGCGCGCAGCAGCUGCUAAGCACACGUGUGGCUCUACUGCUAUGCGCGCGGCUGCUGUAGUGCGCGCUGCUGAUGUUGCGCGUGCGUCUGCUGCUGCUGCGCGCGUAUGCGCGUGCGCGGCUACGUGCGUGCGGCUGCACGCGCGCGCGGCAGGGCAGGGUGCGGGACGGGACGAGAGGGGGCAGCGCGCGGUGGCGGCUGCUGUACGAGCAGCUGCCUAUGCACGCGCGCGUGCGUGCAGGUGCUGUUGCGCGUGCAUUUGCCUGGGGCGGGGCGCGUUUCGGACACGUUACGGGGCACACUAA